UAUAGAAUCAGGCGAUAAGUUUACGUGCGGCUGGGCAGCGCUGAGCAUUAGGCAUUAGCUCCAGUCUUCAGUCUUCACUCUUUGGGUUAGAGAAGGAAACAAUGGCUGCAAACUUGUUGUUUUCGUGCAAUUUAAACUCAAUCCGUGCUCUAUAUUCCACCAUAAUGGUAGAUGUUAGACCGAGGAUACUAAAUCUGGAUCAACCAACCACGGGGAUAACUUGUGGAAGCCGCAAAUUUUCUCAUAGGUUGCUCGUGGUUGCUGCAACUGAAGGUUCUGCAAACUCCACCAAAUCUGAGGAAUCUAUCCCAUCUUGGGCUAGACCAGAUUCCGAUGAGCUUCCUCCUUGGGCCCGGGAUGAAGCCAAUGGCAACGCCAACGCCAACUCUGCGAAGCAGAAUUUCGAGAUUCCCUUCUUUGUUUACUUACUUGCCUCAGCAAUUACCGCAAUUGCUGCUAUAGGUUCUGUGUUUGAGUAUGUGAAUCAAAAGCCUGCUUUUGGAAUUUUGAACUCCGACAACAUCUUCUAUGCUCCAUUGCUCGGAUUCUUUGCUUUUACUGGCAUCCCCACUUCCGCAUUUUUGUGGUUCAAAUCUGUUCAAGUUGCUAACAAAGAAGCUGAGGAACAAGACAGGAGAGAUGGAUAUCUUUAAAGUCAAACCUGCCUUCUUCUAGCAUUUUUUUUUUGUGCAGUUCACUUGUGAAUACAUAACUACGUCAGAGAACAAUUUUUAUUGAUUUCAUACUUGAAAGAAUAUUUUGUGGUUCUUGACGGUGAGAUAUUCCUUGGUUAAUAUGCUGAGAAAGCUGAAUUUUUUUCUAUAACAUUGCAAUUUUAUAUGAUAUGUAGUGUGGAAAAAUUCUCAUUGCAGAAUUAUUUCUCACUGUUAUGUUGCCCCAAGCA